UUUUUUUCUAAUAUCUGUGUGAAAAUGAAUGUUGUAAUCUUGUACUGGAUCACAAGGAGUUAAAAAGAGCCCCUUACAUCUGGAACUGCUCAGUUGAGCCGGAAGGGAAGUGACAGAGUGUGCCAAAGGAAUCUCUCAUAACAGCUGAAGAAGGCCUGUCCCUCCCGAGCUGGCCCUUCACAAAAAACUUUACAAUGAUUUCGCUUUGCUUUCUUUUUAUUGUUCUCCUUCACCAGUUUCUAGGUGCUGUUUGUAGUGUGUUGACGGUUGGAGACCUAGCAGUGCUAGAGGGUGGAUCUGUCACAGUUCCCUGCCACUACAACCCUCAGUACACCCAACAUGUGAAAUACUGCUGUCAGGGUUCCUUGCGGGAGUUCUGCACCAGUCUAGCUCGCACAGAUGACCCCGGCUCAGCCCCGCCUGGGAAGGGCAGGGCGAUGAUCGCUGACGACCCAAGUCAACACGUAUUCACGGUGACUAUGCGGGAGCUGAAGGAGGCAGACUCAGGCUGGUACUGGUGCGCCGUGGAGGUUGGGGGCAUAUGGAGUGCAGACAGCACUGCAUCUCUUUAUAUCAGCGUCAUACAUGGCAUUUCUGUAGUGAACAGUAUGGUGAGUGGAGAGGAGGGUGGCAAUGUUACUGUCCAGUGCCUUUACAGUGAGAAACACAGGGAGAGUGAUAAGAGGUGGUGUAGGAGUGGCCACAUGAGCUCCUGCCUGGUGACAGACUCUACCGGGACUUUCAGCAGCAGGUCUGUGCUGAUCCUCGAUGACAGGCUGGACACUGUUACCGUGACAAUGAGGAGGCUGGAGAUGCGGGAUGCCGGAUGGUACUGGUGUGGUGCUGGCCAACAGCAAGUGACUGUUCAUGUGUCGGUUACGGCAAAACCAACCACUACAUCAUUCUUGGCAUCAACACUCUUGCACACAGUUAGUCCAAUUAACAACGCAGCCUUCAUCUGUUGCAAAGGCUCAAAUCUCCAACAGAGAAGAUUCCUGAGCAACAAGGGAUGGACGAAACAGAAGCUAAACUCACGGUGUGUCAGGUGCUGUGUUUAAGACUUUGGAAAGGUACCCUUGGCAGUAAUCCUAAGUGCCCUAAUGGACUGUGUAGCCCAUUCUGUGGAGAACUUUAAAAACUGAUGAAAUGGAGACAUUUGUACAGCAAAAUAAGAGAAUGGACAUUGUUAUUCAUUUCUCGACCCCAUGCAUCUUGAUAAAGAGUGUAAAAAUGUAAUCAAUAGAUGUUUCUGAAUCUAGAUACAGUAAACUACAGAUUAAUGUGUCUAUUGCCUUUAACUGCUCUUGCAAGUCUUCAAUAAAACUGUAAAUAACAAUGAUAAUCCACACUCAGUAUUAGCAUUAUGCUCUCUUGUAAAGUAACUUUUCAAAUAUUUAAAAUAAAGCAAAAAAAAAUUAAGUUGAUGGCGGUGGAGGAGGUCCUCCUUACGGAUUCUCCCUCGGUUGUGGACACCCCAUCACCGGAUUCUGGAGAGCGAAGAGCCUCCGGCACCUGAGGCUCCACCCACGGCUCCACCCAGGAGGUGCUGCUCUGGAGCAAGCUGGCUUCCCCGUGUGGCUGCUAGAUAGGCAUCACCGUCGUCCAAUGAAGACACUCCCUCUCCUUGCCUUGUAGAGGCAAGAAGGCAGCGUCACCAGUGCACGCCCCUGAAAUGGGCAAAUCAGCCGCUACGCUUCCUGACACAUGUGUGCCAAAGCCUGUGCAACCGCUGCCGACCAAGCCGACAAAGGACGAUCAGCCCCAAACUGGGCGGACUCCGACCCAGUCAACGACGGGAGGACUGGCUAGGGCUCCUGCUUACUCCCCCGGACUGUUUAAUAAUCCAUUAUGUAGUUCUGUUUAUGGGCCUGUCUCGAUCACUGUAUCUCUCACUUACUGUGCCAGUUUCCUUUGUUUUCCACUUUGUGUCUGUGCCUGUACCCGUCAGUUUGUCCGUCCCUGUGUCUGUUGUCGGCUCCUCCUCCCAGACGUGUCCCAGUGUGUGCGUUAUUCCGUAUGGCCACACCCUCCCCGUGUUGCACACCUACUCCUCGUUUUAUAUUGUUAUUGUGUGUGUGUAUAAGUCUCUUGUUUAACUCUGAAUAUUGUCGGUGUCCUGCUUAGCCUUCUACCGUCACAACUAUUUUACUGAGAAUGUAAUACAAGAGCCCCUAUCUUUUGCUUUACUGUAUUGAAAAUAAAGUCUGAUCUAUAUAUAGACCUAA